UCCCUGACACCUAAUCCAACGUGUCCAUGAUAAGAUUUGACGAUGUCUCUCUUUUGCUAUGAUGCCAUUCGUCAUCUUUAAGGCGCCCUCCGCAUGCUUUAACGAUCCCAACUUUGCUCCCUGACUCUACGUGGUUUGUUUCUUCUCGAUCGUAUUCGAUACACUGUUGCAGUCGGUUCAACGGCUCUUUUCCCCAGUACUCGAAGACCUAAUUUCAUAGGAACACUUGCCUUCGAUCGAAUUGUUGCCAAUCCCCCAGCCGGAAGCGAGAUUGUUUACGAGGGGUGCUGUCUUAAGAAAAGACGACAAUGAAAGCGCCUGGAAUCGGAAACAAUAUACGGGUCGCUGUGCUGGAAACCGGAAUCAGAACCAACCACAAUAUGAGUUGUCCGAGUUGAACCCCCCUUUGUCUAGCAUCAAUGCCGCUCCAUACCGCAACGCUAACGAAGGACGACAAGACAAUUGCAAGACCCAGGUAGCAUUGAUCAAGACUUCACGCCCUGACGUCGAAGGUCUCUAGCCGACUCGCUCUUGGGACACAAGCCAAAAGUCGCCAACCUCGUGAGUUAUUUCCUUUGGACCGUUCUUAGGAGACGAGAGUCGAACCACCGUUCUAGCAACACUGGGUGGCGCCAUAAAAAAAAACCGUCCGGGACUGUCUUCACCUAGGGAUUGUGGAAACCAGCGUCGCAAAAGAGUGCGUGUCCAAGCCGGGGAACCCACAAGGGAUAUGUCGCCAGGUCCGAUGUGCGUGAGAAAUGCAGAAAUAAGUAUAUGUAUACCGCAUUUGUAGCAUAACACAGCGUCCACCGGCUAAGCUUUGAGAUUUUCCAUGUGCUUGCUCGAGCUAUCGAAAUUAAAUUGUUCUCCUGCACUCUGUACGAGGGGGAAGGGGGGGCUCAUUUUCGACAUCGCUCCCUAUAUACGCACCUGUGAGGGUGAAAGGCUUUCUUGAUAGCCUCAGGCUUAUUCCCUGUCACCCUAAGCUCCCGUCUUGGUCAGUAUCGACAAUUCUCAUGACAAAGGAAUUACCACGUUGUGUCAUAUUAGCAUUAUUGACAACCUCAAGAAAGUCGGCUCUAAAUGUCCAGCUUUCGCACGCUCAUCCCCGCCCUCAUGGUUCAAGUCCACGUCGACUCUCUGACCCGAAUCGGUACUGCAGCCGCCAAUAGCUUCCGGGUCCAUGGCCGUCCUCCAACCUCGGGCCUCGUCCGCUCGGAGCCCGAAUAUCCGCUCCAGGUCGACGUCGUCUCCGUCCACGACGUGAAUUACCUCCGCGCCGACCCGAACGGGCACUACGCCCGGCUCAAGGUGUCGAGCGUCCUCAAGGAAAUAGUCACGGGCCCGGGUAUCCGAUUGGAUUAUAUGCUGGCCAUCGACUUGUCCGGGUCCAGAGACGCGGUCUUCAAGGGGCUUGCUUCCUGA